AUGCCCCUCGAUUCCAUGUUGACGACCUUUGCCACGGGGGUUGGCCUCAUUGGGCUCUGCUCGGCCCCUGCUCUAAGUAGUACCGUAAAACGGUUUACGAGGAGACAGGAGAGGAAGCAGGAUGUGUAUGAAGAUGAGGAUGGCUCAGCCACUCCGGAGUCGAUGGCCGCUUACUCGGCCAAGAUCCCCAAGGCUCUGGUUCUGACGUCGGCUGGCGUUGGCCUGGCUGUCUCGACGACCUUGUUGGUAAUUUCUUCCGGUACACAUGGCGAACCGGUUCUCGAUGGUCUCGGAAUCGGCGCUUGGGCCCUCCUGACCCUCCAAGCCGUGUCCAUCGCGUCAAGCAGGAACUCCAUCCAGGCCUACAACCUCGGCCUCUACACCUUUCUCUCCUCCAUGAUCCUCGCAGGCAUUCUCAUUGUCCGUGGCACAAUGAUUGGCGAGUCCCUGCUCCAAAGCAGCCGCAGCAUCUUCACCCUCCGUGUCGUCGAAGUCUUCGCAAGCGUAGCCCUCGCAUUCUCAGGCCUCGCCCUCCCCCGUAGACCCGAUGUCUUCUACAAGGGCGAGCUGGUCGACCGCAUGUACACAAACUCGGCCUUCAGCCGCUUCACCUACAGCUGGCCCACCUCGAUCCUGGAUCUUGCCGCCAAGAAGAAGGACCUCGACCUGAAGGAUCUGACUCGUCCCGACCAUCUCACCCGCUCGGACUCGGUCUCUGCCGCCUGGAAGAAGAAGAACUUCAAGUAUCCUCUGUGGAUUUCGUUGAUUCUGGCUCACAAGAGGGCGCUUACCAUCCAGUUGUUGCUCACUCUGGUUACGUCGGUCCUCAAUUUUGCUCCUCAGUGGGUGAUUCUGCAGCUUUUGAGGCUCCUGGAGAGGCAUGAGCCUGGUACCAGUCAUGGCCUGGACGCUUGGAUUUGGGUGGGGUUGCUUUGCCUGGCUAUCAUUGUCCGGUCCUGGGUCGAGUCCUACACCAUUUGGCUGUCCUACGCAGAUUUGCACAUCCCAGUGCGUGCGCAGCUGUCUGCGCUGAUCUUCGAGAAGUCCAUGCGCCGGAAGGACUCCAAAGGGGCUGAGAAGAAAAAGAAGGACAAGUUCCAGGAGGGGGGUGAGGAUGGUUCCUCUGAGCAACAGGAGGAGGCUCGGGCGCCGGUCGAUGAGGAGGAGCAGCUCAAGAAGAGCAAGCAGAGUAUUGUUAACCUCAUCGGUGUGGAUGGCAAGCGCAUUGCCGACUUCGCCUGCUACCAAUAUCUCUUCCCUGACAGUCUGUUCAAGCUCAUCGUUUCACUGGCUUUCCUCGUUAGCUUGCUUGGGUGGAAGGCUCUUCUGGCUGGCUUCUCUGCCAUGAUUGCCAUCAUGCCUGUUAACAUCUACUUCUCCAAGCGCUACGCAAAUGCCCAGGACCGCCUAAUGAAGCUUCGGGAUGAGAAGAUGGAAGUUGUUACAGAGGCGCUGCAGGGUAUCCGUCAGAUCAAGUUUUCGGCCCUGGAAGGGGAGUGGGAGAAGAAAAUCGGCGAGGUUCGUGAGCGAGAGCUCUCGGCUGUGUGGAGCGUGUUCAAGAACGACACCAUGCUUCUCGCUUGCUGGAUCACCAGCCCUAUCCUGCUGGCUGCCCUUUCGCUUGCGGUCUACGCUUACCUCAACAGCUCGCUCUCCCCGUCUGUCGCCUUCGUCAGUCUCGGUGUCUUCAAAGCCCUCGAGAUGACACUCUCCAUUGUCCCUGAACUCACGACCGACGCUCUCGACGCCUGGGUCUCUAUCAAGCGCAUCGAGCAAUACCUCAACUCCCCCGAGAUCAUCAAGAUCUCGCAGGACGGUGAGGAAGUCGCCUUCAUCAACGCCUCCAUCGCCUGGCCCGCCGACGAGGAGAUUGACGAAAAGGACCGCUUUGUCCUCCGCAACAUCAACGUCACCUUCCCCAAAGGCGAGCUGUCAGUCAUCUCAGGCAAGACUGGCACCGGAAAGAGUCUAAUGCUGUCUGCUAUCCUGGGUGAAGCUGAUAUCCUGGAGGGUACCAUGCAGGUCCCGCGGGCUCCGCCGCUGCUUGAAAGGCAUGAUGAUAAAGCUAAUAAGAGCAACUGGAUUAUUCCUAAUGCUAUCGCAUAUGUCGCGCAGAUUCCCUGGAUCGAGAACGCUAGUAUCAAAGACAAUAUCCUAUUUGGUUUGCCUUACGACGAGGAGCGCUACCAUAAAACGCUGGAGGUGUGCGCGCUGACAAAGGAUCUGGAGAUGCUUGCGGACGGCGAGAAUACCGAGAUCGGCGCCAACGGGAUUAACCUCAGCGGUGGCCAGAAGUGGCGUGUCACGCUCGCUAGGGCGAUCUACUCUCGUGCAGGGAUCCUCGUGCUCGAUGACAUCUUCAGCGCUGUGGACGCCCAUGUCGGACGGCACAUCUUCGAGAGGUGUCUUAACGGCGAACUCGCUGAGGGCCGCACCCGCAUCCUGGUCACUCAUCACGUUGCUCUAUGCGAAUCAAAGACGAAAUACCUCGUUGAGCUGGGCAACGGUGGCGUCUUGCAUGCCGGUACGGUCGCGGAGCUGCGUGCUAAGGGUAUUCUGCAGGAGAUCAACAGCCACGAGAAGGCCGCUCUGGGGAGUGACAAGGCUGACGUGGAUGAUCUGGCGACGGCUGUUAACUCGGAGGAUUGCUCGGAAGGGGAGGGGGAGCAGGAUGGGGAGGGGACGAAUGGGGAUGGGCUGAAGAAGGUUCCCCCGAAGCCGACUGCGCCGGCGAGGAAGUUUGUGGAGGAGGAGUCGAGAGAGCAGGGUGCUAUUCGGAAGCAUAUCUAUGUGACGUAUUUGAAAGAUAGCGGUGGUUGGUUGUUUUGGGUGCUGGCUGUGGUUUUCUUUACGGUGGUUCAGUGCUUCACUCUUGGACGUUCGUGGUGGCUUCGGAUCUGGACGGGCGAUCAAGAAACCCAGGAAGUCCACAUGCAUCGCGCCCACAGCGCUGCUGGCGUCAACGGCUUUACUUACACCGAAGGCGCUCAUCAGACAACCCUCCACACCGCUUCCUGGCCCACGUUCGAGGUUCAACGCACCCUCCCCUUCUACCUUGGCGUCUACAUCGCGCUGGCCAUCAUCUCAUCCGUCCUGUCGACCCUCAAAUACUUCUACAUCUACACCGGCUCUAUCCGCGCCAGCCGCAAACUCUUCGCCAAGCUCAACUUCACCAUCCUGCGCACCCCCAUCCGCUGGCUCGACACCGUGCCUCUGGGCCGCAUCCUGAACCGCUACACAGCUGACUUCAACAUCAUCGACUCGCAGCUAGCCAACUCCCUCUCCUUCGGAGCAGGCUCCUUUCUCAACCUAAUCUCUGUCCUCGUAGCCGGCCUCAUUGUCUCACCUUACAUCCUCGUCCUCGGCAGUGCUCUGCUGCUCAUCUGUCUGCACUACGCCCUGCGCUACCUCGAUGCUGCGCGUCCCGUCAAGCGUCUCGAGAGCACGGCCAAGUCCCCUGUCUUUGAGCAGUUCGGCUCUGCGCUUACCGGUGUCGCUACCAUCCGCAGCUUCGACAAGGCACAGGUGUAUGUGGAGAGGAUGUACCGCAAGAUUGACGACUACUCGACCGCGACGUGGCAUCUGUGGUUGUUUAACCGCUGGAUGGGCUGGCGCCUAUCGCUUGUCGGGUCGUUCUUUUCGAGCUCUUUGGCGGCGUUGAUUUUGAUGAACCCGAAUAUUGACUCGGCACUGGCCGGGUUUGCGUUAGCGUUCGCGAUUGAUUUUACGGGGGCGGUGAUGUGGACUAUUCGGAUGUAUGCGAACGUUGAACUGAAUAUGAAUGCUGCGGAGCGUAUUAUUGAGUACACCAAACUCGCAACCGAAAACCUCGGUGGCAUGCGCCCCCCCGCCGCUUGGCCAACCGAAGGCCGCAUCGAAGUCGACAACUUGGUCGUCAGUUACGCCCCCGACCUGCCCCCCGUCCUGAAAGGCCUCACCUUCUCUGUCAACCGCAACGAGCGCAUCGGAGUGGUCGGCCGUACCGGCGCUGGCAAGUCCUCAUUGACUCUCGCCCUCUUCCGUUUCCUCGAAGCCCAAUCCGGCAGCAUCCACAUCGACGGCCUGGACAUCUCCAAAAUCAGGCUCCACGACCUGCGUUCUCGUUUAGCUAUCAUCCCACAAGACCCUGUCCUCUUCUCUGGCACGAUUCGCUCCAACCUCGACCCGUUUAAUCGGCACACCGACGAGGAAUUGUAUGAUUGCCUCGAGAGGGUGCACCUCAUUCCUCCGGGGUCACGCUCCGGGUCGUCUACCCCCACCAUCCGAGAAGAACAGCCGAGUGGUAGCACGGGUACAACGAGCCCCAAACUAACCCUCUCCACCCCCGUCACCGAAUCCGGCCUCAACCUCUCCCAGGGCCAGCGCCAACUCCUCUGCCUUGCGCGCGCGAUCGCUACCCGACCCAAGAUCAUGGUCCUUGACGAAGCUACCUCCGCUGUCGACAUGGCCACGGACGCGCUCAUUCAGCGGAGUAUACGCAGCGAGUUUCGGGAUGCCACACUUCUCGUUAUUGCGCACCGUUUGAGCACGAUCGCAGAUUUUGAUCGCGUGCUUGUGCUAGAUGCGGGGAGGGUCGUGGAGUUUGGGACGCCGAGGGAGUUGUGGGAGAAGGAAGGGGGUGUGUUUAGGGGGAUGUGUGAAGAAAGCGGAGAGAGGGAGCGGCUGAAGGGGUUUAUUUUUGGUGAGGGGGAAGCGAGUUCUAGCAGGGAGUGA